AUGGCUCAGAAGACCCUGUUCCCCGGCGUGGCAGUUCUGACAGGCGCUGGUGGAGUUGGUAUCGGUGCGCAUACCGCUCUCGCAUUUGCACGGGAAGGUUGCCGCAGGAUCGCAAUCACAGACUGGAAGCCGGACCUGCUGGCACAGAGCCAACAGGCAGUCAAGGACACGUCACCCGACGUCACAGUUCUCGCUCUAUCCGGCGACAUCACGGACCCGGCCUUUGUGGACUUGUUCAUCAACGCCGUCGUCGACAAGUUUGGACGGGUCGACUACGCGGUCAACUGCGCCGGGAUCCUCGGCGACGAUGUGCGGUCCACGGAGCAGAGCCUGGCCGCUUUUGACGCCAUCAACAACGUCAACUACCGAGCUUGUUGGCUAUCCUCGAGAGCAGAGAUUGCUGCAAUGCUCAAACAAGAGCCCCUGCCGGCCCAUGCUCCGGGUCGUGAUCCACAACGUGGUGCCAUUGUCAACAUUGCUAGCCAGCUUGGAAUAGUGGGCAGACCACAAGCUGCUGCCUAUUGCGCCUCCAAGUCGGCCGUGAUAGGCAUGACUCGAGGUGAUGCAAUUGAUUAUUCAAAAGAUGGCAUUCGUGUCAACUCUGUCUGCCCUGGUCUUAUCGCUACAGCCAUGACGACGGGCACCAAGGAGUUGGACGAGCGUAUGGGCCCGGCGGCAAAGAUCACGCCAAUGCAACGGCAUGGGCGUCCGGAUGAGAUAGCCGAUGCGAUAUUGUUCCUCUGCUCGCCCAAGGCGUCCUUUGUUCAAGGCCAAGCCAUGGUGGUUGAUGGUGGUUAUACAAUCAACUGA